GCCAUGUAACAGAAAAUGCUAAAGACCAAAAUGUAAUUCUUCUGCUGCUGACUGGUAGCUUGAUUUUCCAUUCAAUUAAUCACUUUAUAUACAACACAAAAAUGAUGGUGGAUCAAACAUCACUGAUAACCAACAACCAACAGGAAAAAAAUGGGUUCCUAUCAGAAAUAUCUUUUGUUUCUACUUACAGUCAUCUUGAGUUCAUCGACAUUUCUAUGUUACGCUAUCCCGAGCGAGUACUCAAUAUUAGCCUUUGACCAUACCAAGUUACCUUCAGAGGAACAAGUGGUUGAGUUGUUCCAACAAUGGAAAGAGGACCACCAGAAGUUCUAUUUACAUCCAGAAGAAGCAGCUUUAAGGUUGGAGAAUUUCAAGAGGAAUUUGAAAUACAUUGUAGAGAGGAAUGCAAUGAGAAACUCUCCUCUCGGACACCGUCUUGGAUUGAACAGGUUUGCUGAUAUGAGUAAUGAAGAGUUCAAGAAUAAGUUUAUUUCGAAGGUGAAGAAGCCGAGUAGCAAGAGGAGGCUUGUAAAGGGAGAAUCGUGUGAAGACGCGCCUUACUCUUUAGAUUGGAGGAAGAAAGGGGCUGUGACUGGUGUGAAGGAUCAAGGGAGUUGUGGUAGUUGUUGGUCAUUUUCUUCCACUGGAGCCAUAGAAGGAGUAAAUGCAAUAGCGACCGGGGAUCUUAUAAGCCUUUCAGAACAAGAACUUGUCGAUUGUGAUACUACUAACGAUGGAUGUGAUGGAGGGUACAUGGAUUUCGCUUUCGAGUGGGUUAUAAACAAUGGUGGGAUAGAUACAGAAGCUAAUUACCCUUACACUGGUGUGGAUGGUACCUGCAAUGUCACCAAGGAGGAAACCAAAGUUGUUACCAUUGAUGGCUACACUGAUGUGGCACAAUCAGAUAGUGCUUUGUUGUGUGCUACUUCGAAGCAGCCAAUAAGUGUUGCUAUAGAUGGAUCCUCAAUGGAUUUUCAGCUAUACACUAGUGGAAUCUAUGACGGAAAUUGCUCAAGUAAUCCCGAUGAUAUUGAUCAUGCAGUUUUAAUAGUAGGUUAUGGAUCAGAAGGUGACGAAGAUUACUGGAUAGUAAAGAAUUCUUGGGGAACAAGUUGGGGAAUGGAAGGGUACAUUUACAUUAAAAGGAAUACAAAUUUAACCUAUGGAGUUUGUGCUAUCAAUUAUAUGGCAUCUUAUCCUACCAAAGAGUCCACUGAAAUAUCACCAAGUAGUCCUCCUUCACCGCCAUCACCGCCGCCACCACCUCCUUCUCCUCCACCAGUUGAAUGUGGGGACUUCUCCUAUUGUACUGCCGAUGAAACAUGUUGUUGCCUUUCCGAGGUGUUUGGUUUCUGUCUCGCUUAUGGUUGUUGCGAAUACGAGAAUGCUGUUUGUUGCGCUGGCUCGCAAUAUUGUUGCCCGAGUGAUUACCCCGUUUGCGAUGUCGAAGAUGGUCUCUGUCUCCAAAACUUAGGAGAUUUAAUGGGAGUGGCGGCGAGGAAGAAAAAGAUGGGAAAGCACAAGUUUCCAUGGAAUAAAUUUGAAGAAACUAAAAAGAUACAUUAUGAACCACUUAAGCUGAGGAGGAAUGCAUUUGCUGCAAUGCGUUGAAGCAGAAGGUUGCAGUCAAAUCCUUGAUAAUGUUUCUCUGUUUUUUAAUUGUGUUUAUGGCAUAACUUUGUUGCUAUGCUUGGAUUUUCUCUAUGUUAUGUACCAUGGAAUGGAUUAUAUAAAUAUUUGAUUUCCUUCAUUUUGUUAGAAAA